AUGUCAGUGCCUGUGAAGAAGCAAAGAUCUCGCUCUUCAUCGUCCGUGAAGCUUGUCGUGGACAAGCCGGUCACAGAUAAGUUUGCUACGCAGUAUGCCUCGAUAAACCACUUGAACAAAUACCCGGUUGUCAUGAGAUGGAUAAACACUAUAUUGUGUCUCCCCUUGGUAUCGAGAGUGUUGUCUACGAUUUCGCUCAUUGUUUUCCAGUUCAAGACCAAGGUUAUCGACUCCGGGAAGACUCCAGCCGUGGUGAAGAAGCUUUUCAACUACUCGGUUGCCGGGUUGAAGAAGUUGGACGAGUUUGUCAACACCAUGGUUUUCAGAGAAGGUAUCGAUGCUUUCCUUAACGAGUAUCGUGAGCACGGGAGCCUGGGAUGGUGGAUUGCGUAUUUCACGGUGGACUACUACGCCAAUCUCGUGAACUACCUUGUUAAGGAGUUCAUUUUGAAACCAUUGUCCCUAAUCAAGGAUGAUGCGUCAUCGCGCGUUUCUCUGGCUGCUGCCAGCUCAUCCACAGCGUUGCCACACUUCAAGGAGUUGACCAACACCACCAAGGAUGUGCUAGAGCCUACCAAGGAGAAGGUCUUCGCUAAAUACGAUACCCUGGUCAAGCCAGCCAAGGAGACAUACACUCAUGCGAUUUCGACUGCAAAGGAGACGUACUCUACGGCAUACAAGACAGUUUCGGAAAAAUACGACACCAAUUUGAAAGAGACAGAUUCGGUUCCAAGAGCCAUUUUGACUACCGGCUCUGACUUGGGCUCCCUGACCCUUGAAAGAUUGAAAAAAUACAACGAUAGCGAGGAAAAUUCGGUUGUCGCCGAUGGAACAACAACCACGGUCGACUCCGAUCCACCAGUAAACAACAUUAAGGAGCUAUCGACCUGA